AUGAAGAGGCUGCCAGCAGCGACGGCCGCGCCAACUAUGGCACAGUUCCUGGCAGCCGCUCUAGUAACCGCGGAGGCAGCCAUCGUACCAAAUGAGGAGGCCGUAGCAGUGCUAGAUGCAGUAGUCUUGACCGCAGCGGCGGUGUCACCAAUAGUGGUAGCUGCAGCACCGCCAGUGCAGACGGGAAGCAUCUUGGUGAACGUGUCAUCGUCUUACGCUGGCGUCGAGGUGGUGACACCGACUGACGACUCCCUUAUGGCUACUGACGACCUCCUUAUGGCCAUUGACGACCCCCUUAUGGUCAUUGACGCCGACCAACGGCCGCGGCGCAAGAUUGACCAAAUGGCAGACACAACUUCCGCUCCUAAGCCGCGCGUCGGCGUCGCUGCCGUCAUCAAGAGCCUCGAUGGGCACUUUUGCAUUGGUCGAAGGAAGGGAUCCCAUGGUGUUGGAAAAUGGCAGUUUCCAGGUGGCCACUUAGAAUUUGGCGAGGACAGCCUUGCCUGUGCUCGCCGCGAGACGCUUGAAGAGACAGGUCUCAGGGUACGGCCGUUGGGAAUCAUCGCCGUGACCAACGACAUCUUUGGGCAAGACAACAAGCAUUACAUUACAAUAUGUGUUGUCUGUGUCCGUGAGGACGAGCAGCAGCAACCCCAGUGCGAAGGCUGGCGUUGGGAGCGAUGGUCGGUCAUAGAAGAGCUGGCCAAGAAGGGCCCUGAUGCCGCCGAUGGCCUUUUCCUCCCCAUCAUCCACAUGAUUGAACAGUUACAAAACCCUCCUUGGAUCGACCUCGAUGGCUGUCGAGAGUAA